AUGGCACUUUCAUUAAACAAGUAUCGUCUUCUCCCACCAAAAAAUUUACCUACUUUACACAAAACAUUUGAUCUAGGACAUCCGGAUUUUUAUCCAACUUUAUUGGAUAAACCCGAAGAUCAAAUGACAGAAGAAAAUGUAAAGAAAGGAUACGCCUACACUCCGAUUUUUGAAGAUGAGACUGGAUCAUUCAAAAAAGAAUUCAAAAAUGUUAAAUCAAAGGAAAAUACAUUCAAACCUUUAAAAACUGAAUGGAUGCCUCAUGACAAUAAGGAAAAAUGGUUAAGAGAUCUUGCCAAUAAUGUACCUUUGAAAAAAUUAAGUAAAAUUAUUCCUAACACCAUGGAUGGUAUGAAUUUAUUGGAAGAUAUUGUCAAGUAUAAGGUACCAUUAGCUCGUGCAACAUGGCUUACAAAAAUUGUUUUGAUAAACUCGUUUCCGAAGGCUCAUAAAUCAGACCAUCCAGUAGAUUACACUAAAGUUUUUAAUGACUUUCUUCUUGUACAAGCUAAUGAUUAUGAUUCUGAAAGAUGGAGAUAUUGUCAAAUUUUUUUUAGAUGGAUAUUGGAUGCUUUCGAUGCACCAGAGUUUUCACAAACUUCAAUGUGGUUACUACUUAUACAACAAUUCAUGGAUGAAUACCAAAAAUCUCGAACUCUUAUGAGAUUAUUGAUAGAGCUUUUACUAAAAAAAUUAAAUUAUGUAAAAUAUUUUUUUCAUGUUUGUGAAAACUAA